AUGCACUCGAAAGCUAGCUGGUUCAUUCUCAACGUCCAGGAGCCCGGGGUGCUAGAGGACAAAGGGAUCGUGAGACGUGUACACCAAUGGCUAUCUACCCCAAAUAAUACUGGAUGGUUGUUGGUCUUUGAUAACUACGACGACCCCGACCAGUUUCGGAUUAACAACUCUUACCCUCCUGUUUCUCAUGGAGUUAUUGUGGUCACUACUCGACGGCCACAUCUCGUUGCUGAGAGCACUCUUAACAUAACGCCGUUGCGGAAUAUUGAGGAUAGCCUAGCAAUCCUACAGACCCGAUCAGAACGAGAGAACAUCCAGACAGAUCCUCAUGCGAAGCAUCUCGCAAAGCGACUUGCGGGUCUACCUCUCGCUUUAGCCACGGCUGGGACGUAUCUUCAGCGUAGAAAAGGCUUUACUUUCAAACGCUACCUUCACGAGUACGAAAAACGCUGGAACAUUGAUCCCCGCCGGCCUACCAAGCUCAACGAGUAUGAGGAGCGUACACUCUACACGACUUGUGAUAUAUCAUACGCUCGCCUAGAAAAGGAAGAUCUGGACGCGGCGAAAAUACUGAAGCUACUGGCCUACUUCGAUAACCAGAGUCUUUGGUACGAGCUUUUUCAUGCCGGACUCACCGAUAGUUCUCCUGAGUGGCUUCAUGAAAUGAUCACAGAUGACGUGAAUUUCAAUGGAGUGAUGGGAGUCCUGGCUGAAUACUAUUCCCUGGAUACUCAACAGACUUCUGGGUCAUGGAGCAUGCAUAACUGCGUGCACGACUGGACUUUAGCGGUACUUAGCAAGGACAUUGAUGCAAAGCAUUACUGGAAUGUUUUUGACUGCAUUUUUGCGUCUGCAAAAGAUGGCCACGAGGAUGACUUUGCAAACCUCCCUUACUCCCCUUUGGCCGCUCAUGCUACGCGACUAGCACAAGAGCGCUUGAGCACGAACAACGUUAUAUUUAAUCUUACUUCUCGUCAAUUUAACCCAGCCACACUGAUUGCAAACCUACUUCGAGACCAAGAACUUCUUCUUGCUGCCGAGCAGAUGUACCAGCGGGCGCUAGCUGGGUACGAGAAAGCGCUCGGACCAGAGCAUACGUCGACUCUCCAUACUCUCCACAAUCUCGGGAGUCUAUAUCGGGACCAGGGCAAGCUGGACCAGGCGGAGCAGAUAUACCAGCGGGCGGGGCUAGAGAAGGAGACGAGGAAUACUGCUACUUGCCUCUUACAAUGA